GUUGCACUGCCUCCCACCCGUGAAAAAAGACAAACGGGCGUCAUGGGAUGAGGGCGGGACAUUGGAGCUGUUUCCGGAGUCCCUUCCCUGGCCUGGGAUAGAAAGAAGAGGGGGGAAAUACUUCUGUUUAUUUACAUUUCAUAAGUUACACACAGGUUCAGGCGACCAGCAGCAGUGGCCAUGUCUCAGUCUGCAGAGAAAGGGAAGUUCCCCGAGGCAGCAGGAUAUGUGGGUUUUGCCAACCUGCCCAACCAGGUGCACAGGAAGUCAGUGAAGAAGGGAUUUGAGUUCACCCUCAUGGUCGUUGGAGAGUCUGGUUUGGGCAAGUCUACGCUGAUCAACAGCCUGUUUUUGACAGACCUCUACCCAGAGCGAUACAUCCCUGGGGCCGCAGAGAAGAUUGAGCGGACGGUGCAGAUAGAAGCCAGUACGGUGGAGAUUGAGGAGAGGGGCGUGAAGCUCCGCCUUACUGUGGUCGACACCCCAGGAUACGGAGAUGCCAUCAACAGCCAGGACUGCUUUAAGACCAUCAUCCAGUACAUUGAUAACCAGUUUGAGCGUUACCUUCAUGAUGAGAGUGGCCUGAACCGCAGACACAUCGUAGACAACAGAGUCCACUGCUGCUUCUACUUCAUCUCUCCUUUUGGACACGGUCUGAAGCCUCUGGAUGUGGAGUUUAUGAAGGCCAUUCACAGCAAGGUCAACAUCGUCCCUGUCAUCGCUAAGGCUGACACACUCACACUGAAAGAGAGAGACCGCCUUAAGAGGAGGAUCCUGGAUGAGAUUGCAGAGCAUGGCAUCAGGAUCUACCAGCUGCCAGACGCUGACUCAGAUGAGGAUGAGGAGUUCAAGGAGCAGACACGAGUACUGAAGGCGAGCAUUCCAUUUGCUGUGAUUGGUUCGAACCAGCUGAUUGAGGUGAAAGGGAAGAAAAUCAGAGGUCGUCUCUACCCCUGGGGGGUCGUGGAGGUGGAGAACCCAGAGCACAACGACUUCCUCAAACUACGCACCAUGCUUGUCACCCACAUGCAGGACCUCCAGGAGGUCACACAGGACCUGCACUACGAGAACUUUCGCUCAGAGAGACUGAAGAGAGCUGGCAGAGCUGUGGAAGAGGAUGUGGUUGACAAAGACCAGAUUCUCCUGCAGAAGGAGGCUGAGCUGAGGCGUAUGCAGGAGAUGAUUACCCAGAUGCAGGCACAGAUGAAGAUGAAGGGAGAUGAGUGAAAAGAGAGGGAUCAGGGAGGGAGAAGAGAGGAGCCCCUCACCCAUCAAACCCUCUGUGCGUCUAAAACUCCAUCAUGGUUGUACUGCUGGGCGCACUCAUCACCGCCUAUCCCUCAGUGUGUCAGUCAAUCAAUUAACCAAUCAACCAAUUAAAGGUCCUCAAUAACCUAAUUUUAAUUUGGAAGUCUUCAAUAUGGCCCCUAGUUCACCGUGGUACUGAGAUCCACUGAUCUGCUAGUCUGAGUGUUGUUUUGGAAAGCGUUACUGACGUUAUGACAUGAGGUAUGUUUGUCAGGAGUGUUAUAACAUGACAUAAUAAAGGAUAUGGGUUAUGAUAUAUAAUAAGACAUACUGUAAAGACAAUGAUUGCAUGUUCUCCCAAUAAGUGACUAAUGAUGUAAAUUUGUUUUCAUCAGUACUACUAAUUAUGUCUCAUGUACAACGCAGAUCUUCCAUUGAUAAUGGUACUAAUACAUCUCAUUGUUAGACAACAAUCAGACUUCAGUGUUUACAGAAUGUUAAGGGAAUGUGUUGAGUAUAUUAAGAGGACAUAUCAGUCCAGGUGUAGUAAUAAGUGUCCCUCAGGUGGCACUGUAGUCUGUUCUAUAAGCACAAUACUUGGAAAUAACUAUAAAAGUAAUAUAGAUAGACUUGUGUGGAAAUAUCCCACAUAUUAAAAAUGUUGAUUUUUUUUUUAACCUUAUCACAUUUGGUCUAUAUUUUGAAAUAUUUACGAAACUUUGUGCUUCUGUUGUAUUGGAGACAGUUUGCCUUGGGCUCAAGUGUUUUCAAACUAUGCACAACCGUGUCAUGUCUUAAUUUGGUUAAUAUGCCUUUUGUAUCUCCUAAGAUGUGCACUUAAACCUUUCAGCAACGUUUGUCUUUAUUACUUCCAUUACAUCAUGAGCAGUUAUAGCAUUUAUGUGGGUUUUUUCUUUGGUUGUGUUUUUGUGGGAUUUUCCUAAAGGGGUUUUUCAAUGAUUUACUGUAUGCACAUUACUCUUCUCAUAUUAGCCAGCUCCAUGGAACUUACAGUAUUAAACUGAAUUCCUAACUAUUUUCUGAUUCACCAUGUGCAUGUCCCAAAUGGAACCCAAUUCUUAUAUGGUGCACUACUUUUGACCAGAGCCUAACCAGACCCCCGGGCAAAAGUAGUGCACUAUAUAGGGAAUAGUGUACCAUUUGGGACACUACCCAUGUCUGUCUGUGGCUGUGCCAUCCCACUUUCUAGACUACUGACUAUCUUAUACAGUGAACACCUCUCUCUGUGUUCAGAAAUGUGUUGUUUGUGUUUAGGAGUGCUAUCGUCAGUUGCUUUGGCAUCGUCUCUGUAACCUGGUUCUUUCUGCUUAGUUGGUCAAAAGAUUUGUCUCUUUUGAAUCUUCGAGCCAUUAACCAAACUAGGCUUGAGACCUUUUUUUUAGUAGUUUCUCAACUUUUGCACUGCAAUUUCAGAAAUAAAGUUUCCGUAGAAGCAGA